UACCGUGCUUCUUCCACCCUCCUUUAUUUCCUUAAACAAAAGAAGAAAAGAAAAGUCAAGUGGAUGCUUGAGAUUUUGUUUCUAUAUAAUCUACAACAAACCCUUCAUCAAAAACCUCUUUCCCCUUCACUCUAUCAUCUUCCUAAUCUCCGUCAUAUUCCUCUGUUUUUUGGUUCUUUAUAUUUAUAGAUCUCCUCUGUUUCUUCUCUCUCCUCUGUUUUUCUCUUCUAUCAUCUAUAACAAAACCCAGACCGAGGAAAAACACAUAAAAACUGAAACUUUGAUGGUAGGAAACUAAUGACUCCGGUUCUCUGCGAAAUCUUGCUCUCUGGGCUCACGGUUAAAUCUGCUCUCCGCCGUAGAACCCAUCUCGUUCAAUCAUUCUCCGUCGUCUUCCUCUACUGGUUUUACAACGUUUCAUGAAUUGCUGAAAACCCUCAAAUCUAAUCCUUAAACUAAAAUUAAUUUACAUCAUAUAUUAAUUAUUUUCAGACAAUUAAAAACCCCACAAACCAUUUGUCUUUUUUUUUGUGUUCUUGUAAUUUUCUUUGUUAACCCUUUUUGCGGCGGAGUAUAAAUGGCGUCAUCUAGCAGCACAUACCGGAGCUCUAGCUCUCCCGACGGCGGUAAUCCGAACGCCGUCGCCGUUGACGAGCGAAAGCGUAAGAGAAUGCUAUCGAAUCGCGAAUCUGCUCGUAGAUCAAGGAUGCGUAAACAAAAACACAUCGACGAUCUAACGGCUCAGAUCAAUCAGCUUUCUAGCGACAACCGUCAGAUCUUGACGAGCCUCACCGUCACAUCUCAGCUUUACAUGAAGAUCCAAGCCGAGAACUCUAUCCUAACGGCUCAGAUGGCAGAGCUGAGCUCUAGACUCGAGUCUUUAAACGAGAUCGUCGAUCUGAUCGACGGCUGUGGAUUCGAUGAUCGUACGGUUGGGAUUAACAGCGACGGAUUUUACGAUGAUAUGAUGAGCGGCGUUAAUCACUGGGGUGGUUCGGUUUAUUCUAACCAGCCCAUCAUGGCUAAUGAUAUCAACAUGUAUUAAAUUAAAAUUAAUUAUAAAACUAGUAUUAUUGCCCCCUUUUAUUUAAAGUUUAGCUUUUUAUCUUCUUGUGUUGGUGUGGAAAUGUAAUAUUAUUACAUAUGCAUCCUGAUUGGUUGGAAGGAUAAAUAAACAUAUAUAUGGGCAUAUAUAGGCUGUCCUUUGUCAUGUAUUGUUGUGUGCUUUUUUUGUUAAUUAAUAAUAAAAAUUUCUAAAACUUUUUGUU